AUGCAUUUCCCUGGGGCACAGACCUAUGGCUCCCUGGAUGCGUCUGGCCGUCCCAUUCCGUCCAGGGUUCAGGGUGAACGAUGCAUCGACUUCUUUGUGGCUAGGGGCGCCCAGCUGCACAAUGUUCAUAACUGCGUGGAGACCUUAGGGGACCACUACAUGAUUGCGGGCCAUGUGACCACUUCGGCUUGCAGCUCGCCGCCGAUGUGGAGGGCGAAGCCAACUACUAGGUGCCCGAAGCCGGAAACGGUGACUGGUGCACAAUGGGCGCAGCAACAGCGAGCUCACUGGAUGCAGCUAUGUACUCCAGAGGACCAGGGCGACACAGAAGCAGAAUGGCAGUGGUUCAACGCGCAGGCCGAAGAGGCUAUGCGGCGAGCCUACAGAGCAGCCAGUCAAGUCAUUCCUGAUCCUCCCCAACGACGGCCUAAGGGCUCAACCUUCAGCCGGGUCGGGGCCGAUACGCUCGGGGCACAAUCUCGGAGUGGCACUUCGUUUCGACUUCGAAAAUGGCUCAAACUACAGGGCAGACUCAGAGAAGCACAGCGACAGAUGAUCCGUGCCGAUGUGGGGCCCCAUCUUUGGAGCAACAUUCGGGCGCGAUGGCCUUCUUCUCUCCGACCAUUGGUGGCUGUAGAUACAGUUGAUACGGCCUUGGUCCUCGUUGCGGAGGCCAUCGAAGAACAUCAGGCUGCAAAAAGACUUGAAGCCAUCCACCGGUGGCAACAGCAAUUAGCACGGAGAGGCAAGGAAGCGAUCAGAUGGCUCAAAGGGACUAGUUCUCGAGUUGCUGUUGUUCGGCGAGCGGAGGGAGCAUCGUGGCAUACUGCAGCUCAUCACGCCGAGAGCCUCUCCAUGAUCAAGACUUAUUGGUCAAGUAUAUGGAAUCGGCAACUCGUUGACCCCGCGCGGGCUGUUGAGGCUUGGGCGCGUCAUGGUCACUCAGCGCGCUUUCAGGGCGAACUGGCAGCCUUGUGGACGCCCGUGAAACUUCACCAACAAGCUUGUACCAUGGGCGCUUCCGCUGCAGGGCCCGACGGAUGGUCCGGAGAUGAAAUUCGGACGUGGCCACGCGAAGCGUGGAAUCACUUUGCUGUGCUCCUGGACAGGUGGGUGCGACGUGGAUCCUUCCCUUGUGCAUGGCAAGAGCUCAGACAGAUCCAUAUCCCGAAGGACGAGCCUGAGCUUGACGAUGGCUCCGUCGAUGUUCAAAACAUGAGACCGAUCUCUGUCAUGUCCGCUCUCUGGCGAUGUGUUUCCUCGUGCAUUGCUAAGGAUGAUAGAGUCCGGGGGCGCCACAUACUGGGCCACUUGGCGUGUGGUUAUGAAAAGGGCAUGCCGCUGGCGUCGCUGGACUACACCAAAUGCUUCGACCACGUGAACCCUUCACUCGUGCUUGCCAUUCUCCAGCGUGCUGGCUUUCCGAAGCCACUGGUGUUGAUGCUUGAGCACGUGUGGAAUCAGAGACGCGUCUUGGAGCUCAACAACUUUGUCGGUGAGAUCGUACAGGUUACCUCCAGCAUUCCGCAGGGAGAUGGGUUGUCACCGAUGGCCUUGAAUGUUCUGCUCUCGGCCGCUUCCUUACGUGUCUUCCUGGACGACAGGGCUUUUGUGGCUCCACCUCAGCUGCUGCACCUCUUGAUGCUGCAAUGGGAGGAGUGGAGUGCCGUUCUGGGGCUAGGGGUGAUAGGCGCGCAGUGCAAAAAUGGAGCGCGGCUCCUCUGUGUGCCGGAGGAGCUCUUCCUCAACACUCUGCGGUGA